AUGUUCAUGUUACAGACUCAUAGUCUACUGUUGCAGCUCUUUCAACACCUCUCCAUCGUCGUCCGCAAAUCUAAAACUCUGGAAGAAAUAGCAAAAGGUAGGAGGCGAGAGGCACGCAUUCAUCCCCUUCGGAUGAAGUGACAAACAACUGAUACAAUAUUUCUGACCGAUAACACGCGAUAUCACAAAUCCCCCAGUUUUAUAAAUUUUCCCAAAUGGACAUGUUUACAGCGAUGAGCCAGCCAAUCAUCAACACAAUGACUCCAGAACAGAAGACGGAGUGCUGGGCGUCGAUCCAGAAGGCGCAAAAGGGAUUCGGAGGGUUCCAACAGCUCAAAGUCAUCUUCUUCCACUCGUUGGACGCCGUUCAGGACUUUAUGGGAGACGCGAUGGAGAAGGAUCGGAUGGAGAUCACGGCGAAGGCCGAAGGACGCACCGAGGACGAGAAGUUGGCGAUGAUCUACGAAGCGUUCAGGGCCUACUUUAACAUUGAGUUCGGACAGAAGGUCGGCUGAUACGGUAGUUCUGGAUGUCCGACUGAACAUUUUCCAGGUCAUGGACACGGUUAAGUACUCGAUGACCGAAGAAGACUGGAAAAUUGCGACGGAGGACGCCGCACUCUACUUGAAUGUUGGCAACUUCGACUUAAAGUAUUGA